AUGCCUCAGUGGAAUCUGGAGCGGGAAAAGUCUGGUCUAUGGCCCUAUGCACACAACCGAUGGAAAUUCCGGCGUGCAGAAACAUCUUUUUCCCACAGGACAUCCGCAAAGACGUUAAACUACGGAUCGUCCGAAACGACGAUAAACUACGGACCGUCCCGCAUGACGUUUAAACUGCCAGUCGUGGAUAUAUCUCGCAACCCGACAAAUAUAUCAGCUGUGGUCUUAAUGUCCAUUCGUGUAAGCGAACGGGCCGAUCUGGAGAAGGAGUCAGACUCCUCCUUACUCCUCACGGCACCCUUCAAGUCUAAUUCUCUUCACAUCCUUGCCUCGAACCCAACACUACACGUGAUGAGUCCACCGUAUGGGGACAAUACUGCUUGGGAUUUUGAUUGGGCGCCCUCACCGGAGAUGAGCUCACCGUAUGGGAGCAAUACUGCUUGGCUGUUCGACUCAUGCUUAGGCGUGGAACAAGACGACUAUCCUGGAAACACUGAGGUUUGGCCCUCGGAGAAGGAAGAAGAAGAACCUGAUGACACGAAUCGGAACCCACAUGCUAGAGUUUCUAUUCAUCCACACACCACUCGCAUUCAUACGCCUUUCUUGAUGCUGUUCCAGAAGCGGGCUGGAAGUAAGACCGCGAUGCGGUUUACCCGCGGCAAAAUCAAUCCCACGGGUGAAGGAAGAACACCCUACAGAGCGGAGGUUUGGUACCCUCGUGCCUCGACAAACAAACAGCUCAACGGAGAUGGAAAACUCCUAGAGGAUCAAACGACAAAACGAAGUCAUGUCCCGGAAGUCGCAUCCGGCGACCAUCAUUGGAUCAAGAAAGCAAAUCGUAUAUGGAGCGGCGAUGACACGCAAGGCGUGGUCCUACCAGGCGAAUAG